AUGGCACCAGCAUACUCCAAGCCAGUCUCCUUCUUCGACUGCAUCCUCGAAAAGUGUCGGGAGUACUGGAAGCAGCCUAACGGCCAACUGAAACAUCAAACGGCUGGUCCGGGCCCCGAUCUCGAUCCAAGCGUGAUACACGAUAUCAUACUAUAUCGCGGAACAUUCAACCCUCCUCACGAAGCCCACAAAGCUGCAUUCUUCGUCGCCAAACAGCAUUCUGGCUUGGAAAUCAGUGCUGCGCUGCUUCUCGCAAAGAGGGACGAUUGGGUCAGGGAUAAGCUGAGUCGUAAGCUGGAGGAUGGACCACAGAUCCUCUUUGAGAAGGGCGCACGCUUUGAUCUCUGGGAGGAACACAAUAUCGCGGACUCUUGGUAUCGUGUUGUGGGAGACACGGACGGCAUACACUGGCGCAUCCGAAAGAAGCUUAGGAAGAAGGGUGUGAGGAUCCGCUGGGUGCACAUUGUAGGCCCAGAAUACCUAGACGAGCCGAACUUCAUGCAUGAGUUCGGCGUUUAUCAUGAAGUUCUCGUCUGCAGCAAUGACAGUCGUCAGCCGUUCUUCGACCCCGAUGGAGGACAGCCGAUAAAGCUGGAGGAUGCUCUCGGUGAGUGGGAGCUGGAUGUACGCGCCCAAAGCAUGAAUGCGUCCGCUGCCGAUGACAUCAAAGUAUGGGUCACGAAGAUGAAGGGAGGAGGAGAGGCCAGAUAUAUCCAGUUCGCUGGAGGCCCAAGAAGAGAGAUGAGCUCAACAAUGAUCCGGAAGAUCCUCAAGGCUGAAGAUAAGGACGCGGCAGCCCGAUCUCCUGUGAAGGACAUGGCUCUGAAUGCGAGAAAGAUUGCGUUGGGCUUGGUCAAAUGGACUUGGUACACCGGGGAAGGCGACAACUCGUGA